UGUCAGACCAUCAAGUCCAUCACCUCCCCAGCACCAGCACAAUGAUAUCUGCAUUGACCACCAUCACCGACAUCGUGGACCGCAUUCGAACGGGCCAAAUCACGAGAAUCGUAGCUCUCACGGGCGCCGGCAUCUCGACCGCAGCCGGAAUCCCCGACUUCCGGACGCCGACGAGCGGGCUUUACGACCAACUGGCACCUCUAAAGCUUCCCUACCCGGAAGCCAUCUUCCAUAUUAAUUAUUUCAGCCACACGCCCGAGCCGUUCUACGCCAUCGCGCGGGCCCGCCACCCCCGCAAUCUACUUCCCACCAUUUCGCACGCCUUCCUCGCCCUUCUAGCCCGCAAGAACCUGCUUUCCUUCCUCUUCACACAGAACAUCGAUGGCCUGGAGCUGGAUGCCGGGGUUCCGGCAGAGAAAGUCCUCCAGACACAUGGCAGCUGGAAGACGCAACGAUGUCAUAAAUGCAAGGUGCCGUAUCCAGAUGACCUGAUGCAGCGGGCCAUUCGGGUAGGCGACGUCCCCUAUUGUUUGGAGGCGGGGUGCGGGGGUGCCGUCAAACCAGAUGUGGUCUUUUUUGGGGAAGCCCUACCGGAGAGGUUUGAGGUGGAGGAGAAGAGGCUGACGGGAAAGGGUGUGGAUCUGAUGCUGGUGAUGGGGACGAGUUUGAAGGUUGCGCCUUGCUCGAGGUUGCCGCAGUCAAUCGGGGAGGGUAUUCCGAGGAUACUUAUCAAUCGGGAGAAGGUCGGGGAUCUAGGGACGAGGGAGGCGGAUGUAUGUUUGCUUGGGACUUGUGAUGAGGGAGUCCGACAGCUCGCAGAUGCGUUGGGAUGGCGGGACGAAUUGGAGGGGAUGUGGGCUGACGCUGUGGAGAGGAAGGAAGAGACGAAUCGAAGGGAGAGUUGGGAUGAGGAGGGACCUACUUUGGAGGAGUCAAUCCAGAAACUGACGGAGAAGAUGAAGGAAGCCGGGAGGAUUUCGCAAGGGCAUAGGCGGAUGCUGGAGCAGCAUCUGGGAGCGAAAUUUGCUCAUGUGUUGCCGCGGAAGAGCGUUGAAUAAUGCGGUGCAUGACAUGUACCAAUUCGUGGAUUCUAUAUCUCACUUGGGAUGAUGCCCAACCCCCUGGGUGCUGCUUAGCUUGCUACAUGGACACAUUCCACGCAACCCAAGGCACAUA